GGGGCUCCGGGCGCCAUUUCUCGCAUCUUCCCGAGAGUCGUCCUCUCUGCGGCCUCGCUCCAGACCUCUCCCCUCGCGUCGUCGGCGCCCCGCGCCCCCUUCGUCCCUGCAUUGCCGUCCCCGGUCUAGUGACAAAAAUGCUGAGCUUCUUCCGAAGAACACUUGGGCGUCGGUCAAUGCGUAAACAUGCAGAGAAGGAGCGACUCCGGGAAGCUCAGCGAGCUGCCAUACACAUUCCUGCAUCUGGAGAUGCUAAGUCCGUCAUCACAUGUCGGGUGUCCCUUCUGGAUGGCACUGAUGUUAGUGUGGACUUGCCGAAAAAAGCCAAAGGACAAGAGCUGUUUGAUCAGAUUAUGUACCACUUGGACCUUAUUGAAAGUGACUAUUUUGGACUGAGAUUUAUGGAUUCCGCGCAAGUUGCACAUUGGUUAGAUGGUACAAAGAGCAUCAAAAAGCAAGUAAAAAUUGGUUCACCAUAUUGUCUGCAUCUUCGAGUUAAAUUUUAUUCCUCAGAACCCAAUAAUCUUCGUGAAGAGCUAACCCGGUAUUUAUUUGUUCUUCAGUUAAAACAAGAUAUUCUCAGUGGAAAAUUAGACUGUCCCUUUGGUACCGCAGUGCAGUUGGCAGCCUUUACUCUGCAAGCUGAACUUGGUGACUAUGAUCUUGCUGAACAUAGUCCUGAACUUGUAUCAGAGUUCAGGUUUGUGCCCAUUCAGACGGAAGAGAUGGAGCUGGCUAUUUUUGAGAAAUGGAAGGAAUACAGAGGUCAGACACCAGCACAAGCUGAAACCAAUUAUCUGAAUAAAGCCAAAUGGCUAGAAAUGUAUGGGGUUGAUAUGCAUGUGGUCAAAGCUAGAGAUGGGAAUGACUAUAGCUUGGGACUAACCCCUACAGGAGUCCUUGUGUUUGAAGGAGAGACCAAAAUUGGCUUAUUUUUUUGGCCCAAGAUAACCAGAUUGGAUUUUAAGAAGAAUAAAUUAACCCUGGUGGUUGUAGAAGAUGAUGAUCAGGGUAAAGAGCAGGAACAUACAUUUGUCUUUAGACUGGAUCAUCCGAAAGCAUGCAAACAUUUAUGGAAAUGUGCUGUGGAGCAUCAUGCAUUCUUCCGUCUUCGAGGUCCUGUACAAAAGAGUUCUCAUCGAUCAGGAUUUAUUCGACUAGGAUCACGAUUUAGAUAUAGUGGGAAAACUGAGUACCAGACCACAAAAACCAAUAAAGCAAGAAGAUCAACAUCCUUUGAAAGAAGGCCCAGCAAACGAUAUUCUCGACGAACCCUGCAAAUGAAAGCAAGUACAGCAAAACCUGAAGAACUCAGUGUUCACAAGAAUGUUUCAACUCAGAGUAAUGGCUCCCAACAGGUUUUGGGUAUGAGAUCUACUCUGCCUAUGAUUCCUUCUGUACCCUCUGGUCCUGUGCUGGUGGAGAUAGAGAAUCUUCCACGGAGUCCUGGAACAGACCAGCAUGGCAGGAAAUGCUUGCCUCUGAAUAUUGAUUUGCUAGAUAGUCCAAACUUACUGGCAACAACAAUUGAUGUUACUGGGGCAUCUGACACUAUGGAAAGAUCCCAAGUACCAGCCACCAGGCAAAUUGGAUUAGCAGGACCUGAAGCUGAAUAUGAAACAUUAAAUGAUGCUGCAGAGAAGCUCAAACACCUUGAGAUGGAAGCCAGUCCAUUGCCAUCCCCUCGUUCCAACAUUGAUGUUAACAUCAACAGCCAGGAGGAGGUGGUGAAGUUGACUGAGAAAUGUCUUAACAAUGCCAUUGAGAGCCCAGGACUAAAUGCCAGGAGAGUUCCUCCUGACUUGAAAAGUAACAUUUUGAAGGCUCAAGUAGAAGCAGUGCACAAGGUUGCAAGAGAAGAUAGCAUAUUAAGUAAUAAAAAUGCCAGUAUUCAGGAUGCUACACCAAACAGUGCUGUAUUAAAUGAGAACGAUAUGCCCCUCUCAGAUCUUCUUGCUUUGAUGUGUACCACACCUACAGAAAAUAGUUCUGUUCUGAAGGAUGCUGCAGAUGAAUUGGAUGCCUUGCUUUUAUCUCUUACUGAGAAUCUAAUUGACCACAGAGCCACACCUCAGGUUUCUUCAGCAUCCAUGAUCACACCCCGGUGGAUUGUGCCACAGAGCAGUGUCCUUUCUAAUGGACUCGCAGGUAAUGGAGCACCCUUGGCAGGCAAGGAAGAGCAUGGUAAUAGAGAAGCCGUCUCGGUGAUCUCUUCCCCAGCACCAUUCUUGGUGGAUGCUGUGACCAGCUCUGCUCCAGCUUUGGCGGAAGAAGCCGUCCUGAAGCAGAAGUGUUUACUGACAACUGAGCUCUAAGGGAGCUGCCUCCCCACCUGUAGAUGGAAAUGCCCCCACCCCUCCAGCAGCCCCUCCGUGAAUGGGUUUAACUGGAAUGUACUGGAUUCAGCAACUUGCCCUUUACUUUCACCUAAAUUUGACUUCACCUCGUGAAAGCACUGCCACAUUUUCCGUCCAGCUGGAGGGACUUCAUUAGACUGCGUAUUUGCCCAAAUUAAGGGUAUCUGGUCUUUUUUAUAAUUGUGUUGAAGUUGUAAAUUCCUGAAACAAGGGAAUUACUUCCCCAGUGGUUUUCUUACACUGCUUGGCUCCUCCUGGUGGUUGUAGCUGUUCAUAGCACCUCCGUAACUACAGCUUUGGAUUAUUUCUCUCUAGUAUGAGGGUGUCUUUGAUCUGAAUGCCUAUUAGAGAAAUUACCCUUUUCCAUGUAUUACCUGGAAAUUCGGAACUUAGGAAAUUGCUGAGGACAUUUUUCUGGUAGAUUAAGGGCAAGCUUUUUAUUUUUAUUUUUUUAUAAUAAUUAAAAUACUAAAGAGAAGUUUAGAGUACAGAGGGUUUUCAGAUGGCUCCCAUCCUGUAACUUCUUACUGGACCAGCUAUCUUAAUACCCCAGGUUUACAUCAAGGCAAGAUAAAUCUUGAGAAGAACUGUGGAGAAAGCAAUUGCCUGUCUUUUUUUUUUUCCCAGCCCUUCUCAUAGGAAACUCUCAUGCAUCACAGACAUACUCUGUGACUUCAGCCUGGAAGGGGCAAGCAUAGGCUAGAGAGACCCUGGGGCUCUUAGCUGUAGACACCCAUCAUUCCUCCUGAGCCCAAUGAGGAGUGUGCUCCUUGACAGACUCAGGUCCGGAGGGAGUAGCACACAGCCACUUCUGCGCACUGGGCUAACAUGGCUCCAUUUAAAAGGUAAUGUAAGUGGAGUAAAUUCAGACCUUGUAAGCUGAGGAACACAAAAUACCAGGACAGAAAUGGGAAAUUGGUGUGGGGGGAUUUUGUUUCUUGAACAACUACCCUGUGUGAAACUAUACACAACAUAGUGAAAGAACUUGCAUCUCACAGUACAUUAAGAAUUUCAUGUUAGUUUUAAAAAGUUCUCUAGAAUUUCCUCAUCACUUUUGGUCUAUACAGAAAAAUUAUUGAUGCUGAAGUAGUACAUGCUCAUCUCAUAGAAAGAAAAUAAAGUAUAAAAAUAACCAGCUGUAGUCCCAACAGUAGAAAAAUACUCUUUUAGCUUUAAAACUUUAGAAUUCACAAGGUAACAUCAAUUGCUAUUGGAAAUUAGGAUGAUAUGGAAACCACUUUGACAAAGUUGUAGUUAAUUCCUGUUUUUAAGGACUGGUGUUGAACUAUACCACUUGGAAUGUGUUUUUUAAUUUUCUGCCCCAUAAUAUGUAUGUAACUGAGUGUUAAUUUAUGCUGCCCAGCAUAGAAGAACAUCCAUCUUUAAAGCUCCAUGGUUUAGACUAUCCUGGGCAUAAUCGUGUUCAGGCAAACACACACUAGAGUCUGACUGGAAAGCUCAGGAAUCUUAAUUUUGUGUUGUUUCCCAGGGAGCUGGAGAGAUUGGAAACCACUUUUGCACAAAGUAGUUUUGCUGAAGGAAAGAAAGUUGACACUUCUUGCUGGCUGCCUCCCUUAAGCCAUUAUGCUAAAUUUGUGAAUUUCAUUGCUGCAACUCUUGCCAGUUUUUAAUUGUAAGACAGAUUUUCUUGCAGCUGUAAAUGACACCUAGAACCAGAGCUUUAUCCAGGACAUGUUGGACUGGACAUGGAAUUUUCAGUGUACUGACAACCCUACAUGAACUGAAAGGCUGAACUUGGGCUUCUAACCACAUGCAGCCAAGACAUUAGCAGCUCAGAAAGCCUAAAUUCCCCAUCUAGUUUAGGGUUAGCACCAUCCUAAUUUUAAUUUCUAAAAUUUAGGGAUUAAGUUGUUGAAAAUAUUCUAUAACCUUUGUGUCUUCAGGUACCUGUAUUCUUACCAGUCAGCAUAAUGAUAAGCACUUUCUUAAAAUUCAUUUGAAUUCAAAUUUCUCAAGCGAAAAGGAAACUUUUUCUCAUAUCUUGGCUUGAAGUGGUAAACAGAGAAAUUAAUACUUUAAUGUAUUGGAUUAGAUGCCUGUCAGGUAUAACUUCUCUCACAUAUCUGCUACUCGUGCCAUCUCUAGAGCUGCUAGACCAGUUCUCUUCUGCUCAUCUUAGAAUGGAGGGCAGGGCCAUGCUGAGGACAUCCGUGAACAUGUCAGGAGGGAGGGGGAUGUCUGUCUCUGUGAGGAGAGAGAAGCUUGUGGGUGUCAGUAAAAGAUGCUAGCAGGGAUUUGAGAUGAUACUGGGUCAGGAGGCAGGCCGGUUGCAGUGAUGCGGGAGGGACCAAGCUGGUGAACUUCAGGACAUAGUUCCCCAUCACAAGAGAACAAAAUCCACCUGCACAUCUGAAUCAUCUGAUAAACUAUGUAAAGCUCUGCUCCUCGUAUGAGAUAAAGCCCUGCUGGCUGUUCAAAAUGAGGGCUCAUUGGGCAGGAAUUUUUUCCUGUAUCUAGAUGAGAUUCCCAUACAGUAGCACAAUAUAGCUAAAGAAAUAUCAGCAACGUUUAAGUCAGCAGUAAUGAGAACACGUUGGAAAAGAGAGCAAGAAUAAUAGUUUAUUUGAGCGUUCCAGCUAGAAAGCUGUUAACAUUCUUCCAUUGGAAGGCUGCUUGGAGAUGAUUUAUAGUUGAGAUAACAGGCCCAGAUCAACAGAAAAUAAAGAAGGCCACUUCAGCCUCAGGCUCUACUUCACUGUGGUUACCUUCUCUCCAGAUUCCAGUACCAUGUUUACUCUGGUUACUCACUGUGUUCAAAGAUGACAAGAUGCAUGACUUGUGAGUGGUGCCCAUGAGUGGGUUUUAGGCAGCUGCAUAGAAAGUGGCAGGCUCCUUUUGUGGUUUGGGCACUCCUGAGGACACUUAGCACUGUGCCCUGCAGUAGACGCCUGCCACUUAAUUCAGCUCCGGGCAGCAGGAAGGAAGUGACUCAGUCCACUUAGAGCCCUGAAAGUGGGUAGUAGUGGCCUGGUGGCUUACAAUAAUAUUGAUAGGCUUCAGUUUGUCUCUAGACUCUCCUUCUGAACUUGUGAAAUACGAUCAUCUUUCUUACUGUUUGUCAGUAGUGUCACCGCUAGACACAGGAAGGGCUCAUUGUCCUUCCAUCCCUGCCCUUCAGGAAACUGCCAAAUGAAGGCAGGUUAGUUCCUUCAUCUUGAUCAGUUUAGACAUGCCUUUAGCAGCUUUCCUAAAAUGUUUAUAUUGUUGUAAGAAAAAUUCUUUAAAAAAAUAUUUUUCACAGUUUACUUUUUGUCUUUACCUUUAUUUGCUUUUGCACAAUUGCAUGUUCUGUGGACGGUUAAGGGUGAAAGCCUUGGGUUGUCCCUUGCAUCCUGCUUGUGCUCUUAUGCUUCUUCAUUCAGGCCACAGCUGGUACCUCUUGUCUUCUCAUAGGCCCCAGAAUGAAAACUCAGGUGUCACUUAAGUAAUCUAGUUAGAGCAGAAUUAUUUGGCAGUCACUACACAGAGAGAAAUCUUCCAUGUUUUUUUGUAAGGGUCCUGAGAAGCAAAGUUCUCAUUUAGAGCAGGUAUCAGCAAACCUUUUCUGUAAAGAACAGAGAUAGUUUUUACUUUACAACUCAACUCACUGUUGUAGUGCAAAAGCAGCAUAGUCAGUGGUGCACACAUGGCCAGCUGGGUUCCAGUAAGUUCCAUGUACAAAAGCAGGUUCUGAGUCCUGAUUUCAGGUCAGUAGAGUGGCUCCCUGGGAUUUGAUUCGGUCAGGCAUUCAGAUGGAUGCUGCUGUGUUGGCCGUCACUCACAGGCACCUGAUAUUUCUAGAACUGGCAUCUUCAUUCACACAUGAACAAGGUGCAGGCAUGGGUCUCCAGCUUUUGAGAGUCUUCAUGAGGGCUCACCAGCUUCUGAUUAAUCUUGCCUCAGCCUUUUAGGUGCUUAGAAACCUGGAAUCUUAUACAGAUGGAAGAUUAUAUUUCUGUAUCAUUUGUUCUUUUUUCUCAAAGAUUUAAACACUCUGGUUCUUGAAUGAUCAGAAGAAAGUUGAAAGCUUUUCCUGCCUGUUAGCCCACAGGAUAAGGAAAUUUGGUUUAUAGAAAUUUGCCCUGAGCCUAACUCUGCUGUGUUAACAUGUUGGUGGAGCUGUGAUCAUUUCCAGUUCCAAAAGAGGAUCCAUAAGUCUCUUUAUCACAGUAAAAAGCUGGAGACAGUAAUGCAGUCACUUUGCAGGAUUUCUAUUUACCAGAGAAGUAUUUUAGCAUACAUCCCUUGUUCUUUUAAUCUUCAUACUUGGAUAUGAUAGACAGUUAUGAAGACCUCACUAACUAUUUUGUGUUGACUUUUUGUAUGUGUAAAGCUUUGCAGUAGCUUUUAAUUUAUUUUUGUAUCAAGCUCACUAUUCAUUCAGUGUGUUCCAGUCUUAUAUGACUUAUUAGAAGCACUGCCCAGACUGAGUUGUUCGUGUACUGAAGUGAGAACUGUAGAGGGGCCACAAAUAAAGCUUUUGU